GUUACUUGCUAUAGACCCUGAUAUCAUAAAAACAAAGCACACUAGCCAACACAAAUCUAAGCCAUGUCUACUCCCGCGUCAUCGAAAACAUCAGCAGCGGCCUCGUACCACCCGGACGGUUACAAAACAUCGGCAGCGCUUCGCCGAGCCCGGAAUCCGUUCUUGUACAGGAACGCAUUUACCGGAGCCGCCGUGGUAGCGUUCAUAGGAGGGGUGUACUUUUACUCGAUCCAGGCUGUCAAGCAGGAAGAUUUCGGUGAUGUCGAAGACCUCCUCCCGCCCGCCUCUCAAAGAGCGACGAUGAAGACGAUCGAAGAAGAAUUAGCGGAAAAACGAUCUGCACAAUCCCUUCCCCUGACACACGCCUUGCCUGCAGAGAGCAAUACGUCGAGACCGUCGGAUGCUAUGCCGCCGCUCUUCGGAUCCGUUGAUCCGGAUUACGAUCCGGGGAAUGCUUCUUCCUUGCCUCUUUCUUCGACGAACUCGAGCCUGAAUAGGGCCCCGAGUUCUUCCCCCUUCAAAGUCUACACCACCCCCACAGGGAACGAUAUCAACAAGGGCACCACAGGCAACUAUACCGCCGAGGAACAGUUCGCCAUGUUCAGAUUACCGUUCUUCAAAGGAAAGCAGUAUAGGGCUGGGGUUGAUGUGGAUAAUGUGGGGAGGACGGGGGAUAGGUGGGCUUGAGCUUGAAGUCAAGAGGGAUGAGGUGGAGGGUGGAGGGUGGAUCUGGGGGAUGUCGUUUAGCGGGAGGGGAUGAGGGUAUGAACCGGAGCGAGGUUGGGGGAAGAUGGAGCGGGUGGGAAUGGGUAGAUGGGUUUUAAGAAGCGGGUCGGGAGAGGCUCUGUCCAUGAGCUUGGUUCCCAGUCACCUAAGGCGUAGGAAGGUCAUCGUGAUACUCGGUCGGAAUACGACUGGACAGGGAGACAGAAGAUGAAGACGAUACCGCUCGGGGAGAUUUAUCUGCUAAGACAAGAAACGGUUGGGAGAUUCGGUGGAGUGCGAGAUUCCGCCUGACAUACGUAUGGGCGCGAGGCACGAAGCCUUGUUGUAUAGUAUAUACCUGUAGCACGCCUUGUUACCACAACAGCAACAACAACUCAUAGUCAUCAGUUUCGUCG